CCCCCGAAACCCCCCAGCCUUCCCAUCAUGCCCCCACCCUCCUUCCGGGCCCUCCUCGGCAUUCCCGCCUCAAGCGCAUCUCCAUCCGAUCCCUCCACCGCGCUCAUCAUCAUCGACGCGCAAAACGAAUACGCGCACGGGAAGCUCAAAGUCACAAAUGCAGAGGCGAGUGGGAAAGUGAUUGCAUCGCUAUUAGAGAAGUUUCGGAAGGGGCGCGGGAAGAUUGUGCAUGUUUUGCAUAAGACACCGAAUGGGGCGCCGAUUUUUACGCCCGGGACGCAGUUGGCGGAGGAGUUUGGGGGACUGAGGAAGGCGGACGGCGAAGAUCUCAUCUGGAAACAACACCCCGGUUCCUUCGCAGACACACCCCUAGACACCAUCCUCAAAUCCUCCGAUAUCAAAAAAGUUGUGCUAGUAGGCUACAUGGCGCACGUCUGCAUCUCUACCACCGCAAGGGAGGCAGUGCAAAGAGGUUACGAUGUUGUACUUGUCGAGGACGCCAUUGGGGAUCGUGACAUUCCGGCUCUGGGGGGAGAGGAAACUGUGUUAGGGGAGGAGGUGACGAGGGUGGUUUUGGCGGAGUUGGCAGAUGUUUUUGGGACGGUUGUGCAGAGUAGGGAUGUUGUGUGAAUGAGUGGAGUGGGAUGGGGCGUUGCAGCCCAGUAUAUAUUCAAAGGAUUUCAAAGAUGGAAAAUAUUCUCGAUCUCUCCCCAUCUUGUGUAUUUAAAACCCUGCACCUAUGCCAAACUAAUGCUUAAAAACAACGUUCUCG